ACUAGCCGAGAAUAACCGAGCAUAUGAUUAGGUCACGUGGUACUUUGGAGUCUUCGUGGCGUAGCUUGUUCAGCUGCUCGUCGAAGCGGCUGUCGGACGGUCGCAUCCUUGCGAGUCUGCGUACAAUGUAGCAGCCAUUUUUGUUCUUGUUCAUAAUAGCGUGCGCAUAUUUUAAUGUAUUUAGAAGGAUAUUUAGGAAAUUUUUCAAGAUGACUAUUAUAGUCUUUUUAAUAGAUACAUCAGCUUCUAUGAACCAAAGAGCUUAUUUGGGCGGACGCCCAACGUUGCUCGAUGUAGCCAAGGGCGCUGUGGAAACGUUCGUAAAGGUUCGGCAACGAUCUCCUGAAAGCAGAGGCGAUAGAUAUAUGCUUCUAACUUUCGAAGAGCCACCCGCGAACAUCAAGGCUGGUUGGAAAGAGAAUUUAGCAACUUUUAUCAAUGAAUUGAAGAACCUGCAGUGCCUUGGAUUGACCACAAUGGGUGCUGCUUUAAAGCAUGCAUUUGAUGUGCUCAAUAUUAAUCGCAUGCAAACCGGCAUAGACACUUAUGGCCAAGGGAGAUGCCCAUUUUACCUUGAACCAUCUGUUAUAGUGGUGAUUACUGAUGGAGGAAAAUUGUCAAGUAAUGCUGGUAUCCAGGAAGAAUUCAAUCUUCCAAUGAACUGUCCUAUUCCUGGUUCGGAGCUAACCAGGGAGCCAUUUCGAUGGGAUCAAAGGCUGUUCUCAUUGGUGUUGAGACUAGCUGGGACUCCAGCUGUGGAGAGAGAUACUGGUCUGGUGCCAUCCGACUCCUCGCCUAUUGAUGCUAUGUGUGAGGUCACAGGAGGUCGUUCCUAUUGCAUCACAUCACAUCGGAUGCUGAUGCAGUGCAUCGACAGUCUUGUACAGAAGGUACAAAGCGGUGUCGUGAUCAACUUUGAGAAGAUAGGUCCUGACCCUCCGCCCAUAGACGGUGGGAACAACAGGGACGGCGGUGACCAGGUAGAGGAUAUCAACCUGGACGCUGACAAAGACAUGGAUGGGGAUGGUGAAAGAAAUGGGCGUUGGAAUGGAGGCCCUUAUCAGACCAGCAUGCCCAACCAAGCCUCGAGCGCGCCGCAAGCAUGGCACUCUUGUAGGCGUCUUAUCUACGUGCCGCGGACGGUGGCGCAGAAGGGGUUUGCCGUUGGUUUCUGGCCUAUACCCGAGUCGUUUCGGCCUGACCCUAAUGCUCAAAUAUUGCCACCUCGUUCAGCCCAUCCCGUAGUGAAGUUCACGUGCACAAGUCAAGAACCCAUGGUGAUCGACAAUCUACCUUUCGACAAAUACGAACUGGAGCCGAGUCCCCUGACGCAGUUCAUACUGGCGAGGAAACAACCAACCAGUUGCUGGCAGGUCUUCGUAGCUAACAGUGGUUGCAAGAACUCUGAAGUGAGUCACCCCUUCGGUUACCUGAAAGCGUCCACGAACCUGACAUGCGUCAAUCUCUUCGUGUUACCGUACAACUAUCCGGUGCUAUUACCGCUUCUGGACGACUUGUUCAAAGUGCACCGCUGCAAGCCUACGCCGGAGUGGAAGCAGGCGUUUCAGGCGUACUUGGAUCGGAUGCCGUCGUAUUAUGUUACCCCACUUCGUCGGGCGCUAACAAAAAUGGGUGCGUCGGCUCCGCUUGUCCAGAGUUUGAUUCCCGACACACAGGACAAUUCUCUGAGUUUCUCCGUACUGAACUACUUGAAAAGACUGAAGAACCAGGCCAAGAUAGAGUUCGAGAAACUUUGUGCUGAUGUCAUCAAUAAGGCUUCCAGUGCGAAUAGCCAAAAGGUGGCAGAAAGCGUUCGUGUGAUGCCUCGUUCGCCGCUCAAAAAGGACUUGACUACACAUCCGUGUCUUCAGGACAAGUUCACAGCUCUUCGGGACCAGUUGAACGAGUUCGGAGGCUUCGUUGUAGGCUUGUCGCGUGGACGCCAUAAGAAUCAAGCGCACACCUACAGGAACCCUUUCGAUGUACAGAGGAGAGAUCUGUUGGAUCAGGUGGUUCGAAUGCGUUCGAACUUCCUUCAGCCGAACCUCGCGUACACUCGGCUGGUAGACGAGGACAGCGCGCACUCCAUGGCGGUGGCCCAGAUGGGCAACUACCAGGAGUACCUCAAGCGCAUGACGCCGCAGCUGCGCGAGAUCGAGUCCCAGCCGGUGCGGCAACACAUGUUCGGCAACCCCUUCAAGAUUGACAAGAGGAUGAUGGUCGACGAAGCCGAUAUAGACCCGCUAGGGGCAGUUCGAGGAAGCGGCGGCGCAGGCGCCGGAGGGAAGAGGGGUUCGGAAACCCCUCGAGCCGCACCUCCCAAGAGAAAAGCGGGCCCCUUACCCCACCACAUAGUCGCGCGGAGGCCCUCAACGCCACCCGUGCCACCGACGCCACCACAUUUGCCCUCCACUUCUUCGGUGGCGUCACCUCCGCCUACAGCGCCUCUGUCGCCCGCGAUGGCACGAAGACCUGCGUCCCCUCUCGCACCCGUACCUUCCGAUCUACCAUCGGGAAGACCGCCUGAGGAACCUCCAAACGUGGAUACUGGCGGACCGUCUACACCAGUUUCGUCUCCACAGCCCGCUGCGCCCAUCAACCUCCCGCCUGUCAUCAAACCAUUUCUUAAUGGAGAUGCGUACACAACGAUGUGCAGCAAGAUGCCGCGGUCGCCGUCGCCGCCGGGCGAGUCGGCCGCCGUGCCCGCGCCGCCUGCGCCCGCGCCGCCCGCCGCCGACUCGCAGGAGCUGCAGAUCAGCGCCAUCAUCCAGGGCGUCGCGGCCGAGAACAACUACUCCGCGCGCGCACGCAAGAAGAAGCGGAAGCCGGCAGACUCGCAGGAGCUGCAGAUCAAGGCCAUCAUACAGGACAUCGCAGCUGAAAACGACUACUCUUCCAGCGGAAGGAAAAGGAAACGAAAGAGCGAAAGACAAGAGCCGCCUGUGUUGCAGCCGCCUGAGCCUUCGCGCAAAGAACUGACUGACAUUAAGAAGCACAAUCUCACUGUUCGAGCUGAAGUGUACCGCGCCGUUCGAAGGCCGGGCAAAGAUUACACGAAACUGUUUGAAAUCCUAAAACAAUUGCAAGGUACCGUGGAUAUUAAGAAGGAAGUGAUACGUGAUGUUAUUAGUGAAUCGUUACGCUUCAAGAGGAGAGCACUGGCGCAGUUGCUAGAGGACUUCUUAGCGGGACUAGAAAAGAACGGUAACAGUGCCUCAGUUAGUAUGACAAGGAUGAAUUCGUUUUACAGUAAUACGAACAACCAUAGCUAGUGGCGUAUGUGAAAUUGAACAUUGAUUUUAAACUAUUUUAAACGUAUGACAUUUUAGCCGAGCGUCUUUUAAUGCAGUACUACAUAAUAUUGAAGCGUAUGAACUUGUUGGUUGUAAAUCCUACUAAUGAUUUCAUGAUUCAUUAAAUCCCAAUGAGGAACUUUCCAGCGAACGUUCCAUAAAAUUAUUAUAGAUGUCUCUGAAUGCAUAGCUCGCCGCGAAAGGCAGAAAAAUACUGUCUGUGCCUUUUAGAUUAUUUUUCUAGGUCAUGUCAAUCAAUGAUAUAAUAUGACGAGUAACUGUUUUGUCUAUGGACAUAUUCCUACGUCAGCCAUUCGCCAGUUUUUCGUUUUCGUUUUUAUUUCUUCAUCCGGGUGUCUAACCAGAUCUUCAUAUGCAAGGGUGGGUAAUCGGGAUCCAAAGUUGUGCAGUUCGAUGCAAAGCAGAAAGACUAAUUUUACGGAACGUUCGCUGGAAAGUUCCUCAUUAGAUUCGAUCUCUUCGCGUGACAUUAUAGUCGAUAAAAUAUAGCUUGAGUUCUGUGACAGAAGUUACUCAAAUGACGCUAUGAAGUUCAGUAUUUUGUUAUGGAUGUAUGGAGAAUGUUUGCAAAAAUUGUCAUACUUCAUUGGACAUGCAUAGUCACGUUACUUUUAUCGUAACCAAAGUUUAUAGUUUGAUUUGGAUUAUGCACCACUACAUAACUAAAUACAUGAAAUCUUUGUUUCUUUUCAUUCAAUAUGUAGUUAAAAAUUAUUAGCCUAGUAUAGUAUCAAUGAAAACAUAAAAUAAAAAUUAAUUGCAGCUAGUCGCAAUAAUUUCGUUUCGUUAUUGUUAUAAUGGAUUUUCAACAUUUGCCGCGGCCUUAUUUAUGCCACUCUGACAACUUGCACAGGACUUCAGCUAUAUUAUGCGAUCAACUAUAAGUUAAAAUCGAUGAUAUAACCCUAUUUCUUCGAUUUUAUUUUUAUCUUUUAUGGAUUUAUAAAGCAGUGCGGCCUUGGCGCUGCAGCCUUAGGCACUUAGCAACUUUGAAGGCCCCCUUAAAUUCGAUAAAAUCGGACACCCAUCUGUUUGUAGACCAAACUGUUAUUGGUUUUGAAAGUGAAAAUUCUUUUGGCGCGUUUGGCGAUUUUGGGAUGGGUAAAAACUUCAAGGUCUCGUCACCCACAUGCUAAUUUUUAAUUAAUGAAGUUCUUUACACAAUCAAAAUUAUACUUUAUUACAAUUGUAAUAAAAUUCCCCUUUCGCUGUCAUAAAUUGGUUUAUUUUUGUGUACUAUCUGGACAAGAUGUAUGCUCUAAGGCAGGUUCGUUCAUGGCUGUGAAAUUCACCUAUGUGCUGCAACGGUGUUCAUUAUAGCGACUAAUGUGAGGUAUUUGUAAUACAAGUUGUUCAAUCUGCAAUAGUAUUUACUUCAGAAAUAUUUUAGCACAAAUGUGAAGGUCAACAGUGUUAAGAGCCUUGUAAAUAUUGGCCCAACUCUACCAAUGCACACAGUAUACUUGUACAGGGCCACUUGUGUGCAUUUGUCGCGUGUAGCCAACACUGGCCAACUUGGCGACUUAAGUGAGUUUUCAUAUAACAUCAAAGGAUCUUGGCGCUAUUCUGCGUUUACACGUUCGAAGGAACUUGCAACAAACGCAUUGGGCCAAUGUGAUUUACAUGAAUUAUAACUAUGUAUCUAUUAUUAUAGAUCUAACUAUCUGUAAUUUGUUUGAAAUCUUAUUUUGAAUAUCCAGAUAGGUACAUGUCAAUAUAAUAUAAAAACUACAAUACAAAUAUUUUUACUAUAAUACAAAUAUUUUUUGUAUCACCCGUUACAUAUUAUUAUGUCGAAUCUUUUUUGUCUGUAUUGAAAUGUAACAAUAAACGUGCAUGUACGUAUUCGCCAUCGUAACUCGUGGCACUAGUCGCUGUUAGGACGGUUGCAGAAAAGCGUUUUUUGCGCGUGUAAGUUUGUUUUUGUAUGCGCGUGUACGCGCACAAAACGUACUUUUGUCACACGUGCGUGUCGUACGAGCGUAGUGUUUGUGAAGAGCGUAUGUAAAUGGGUGUAAAAACGAGUGCUAAACGCGCAGAAAAGUUUGUAACCACCCUAAUGUCAUCAACAUCUCGUCAAUGUGCAUUGAAAGAUGCGGCUAGAAACGAAUAUAUGAACAGGUAGCUCGCGCGCCGGCCGUCAUACGUUCUCUGUCGGGCAAAUAUGUAAAUGCACCUUAAUACUUCCCAUUGUUUUAUUGUUUAUUUUAUUUUUGCUCUGUAAUAAUUAACACAGUAAAAUAAAUUGAUUUAGUAUAGAUUUAUAAAAGUUUUUAGUAUAUUGACAGCUUUCUGCUCUUAUCAAAAAUACCAACUUAUUAUCACGUUUAUAUUGAAAACAUUGACAUGCAAUUGUUAUGAAAUUCUUGUUAAAUUUUUUAAUUUAUGACAAAAUUAUAAAUGAGAUUUUUGUGAUGAAUGUUUAUAAUUAAAAAUUAGCAUAAGACCACACUAAGGGUAUUUGAUGUCUUCAACCUUGUCUCUGAAUGAAAAUAAUGUAAUUAUGAGAAAGUCCUGUCAGCGACCACAACUUUUUGUCUUGUUAACACUGAAAUGUCUUGUAAUGUGAUCUUAUACUUAGUUAAUUGUUAUCAUCGCUUUACUGCGGCACUGUUGCACGUUACCAAGUUUUCAGGCAUUUAGAUUGCAUUCGAUGUAUGUAUUUUGUAUUCUUUAAUUUUAUUUAGUUUGACUUUUUAAAGCUGCGAUCAAACCGAGUCCAAUUCGGCACGAGAUCGGGGAUACUACUAUAUCUGAUUGCGUCGACAAACUUGUGUGGACAGUAACCUUAGAGGGCUUGAGUUCCGGAACUCUGGUUAUGGUGGAAAGCCGAAGUCUUCGUGAACAUAACUGGAGUUUCGAUUUUCAGAUUUAAAAAAAAAGUUUUGAUGAGUUGUACAUAUUAUGAAAUAGAGUAAAACUUACCCAAUUUUAUCAAUGGAAAUUUGUUUUAUUUCAUGCUUAACAGAAUUGAACAUUCGUUGAAACGCAAGAAAUAUUCAAAAAUCGCAUCAUGUAAUCACAUUCAACUUUUUUAAUGCAGUCUCAAAACUCCGACUCCGGAGUUGAAAAAUAGUUCGAAUUUCAAGCCCUAGCUACUAGGAGAUUUGACAUUUGACCAACGUUGAUAGAAUUAGAGCUAAAUGGACCUAAAGGCUCUAGAUUUAAAGUCAUGUAUUCAGUAAAUUUUAUUAGCAACGUUUCCGCUGGCUGUAGAUGUAUGGAACAAACUUAAGCUUUACAGCUAGGCUAUUAAGGUCCAAUUUACUUUGACUUUGUUUAGUCGCUCGAAUUCUAUCAACUUUGGCUAGAUGUAAACUCUCAAGAACCUUACUGGUCCCUUGCGGGAUUUGCCUUAGUUUGACUGAAGCUUUCAUGAAAUAUUAAGGUGUAGAAUUUUUAGUUACAGUCACAAGAUUUCUUAGGCAUAGGUAUUACUUACACUAAAGUUGAUACCUUGACUAUCAUAACAUGUAUAAUAUUCGAUUGCUGAGAUUUACUUAGUGUCUCUUGGCCUAUAUUCGUUUUUGUCAUAAUAUUAUUUUCACAUUAUAACGUAGAUAAUUUAAAGCAAUAUGAAUUAAAUGCUGUGUCCACAAGCAAUAAAACUUGCGGAAGUCAGCUGUCAUUGUCAUGUUAGUGUCAAAUUCUGCACGUUUUAUACUUGAUCCAUGGAAAGAAGUUAGUAACUCUCUCUGUUACGGAAUCCCAUACGAAUGACAGAGACAAAAAUCUUGAGUCACCAACCAAUCAUAGACGAAACUUAUGUUUUCGAAUUGAAUUUUGAAUGUUUUUGAAUAUAUUUUCGAAGGGAAUUUCGAAUGUUUUUUUGAAAACAUGUUGAUGAUUGUUUGUUGAGUGAAAAUGGUUAAAGCCCACUGAGAUUUUGCUUACAACCUGAGAUGUCAUAGGUACUAAGAAUAAUAAUUAAUUAGUAGUAGUACGAUUUUUGUUUGUAUUAUCCUUUCCGUAUAAGGUACUGAUUGAUAUACAUAGUUCAUUGGCCCCGACUAGUUUUCUUGUGAUUAGUGCAAUUUGUAAGCUAACUUCUUUCCGUGGAUAGAGUAAAUAGUAUACAAAAGGAGAAGUUGACUUGCAGCAAGUGUUUGCAAGUGAUUUCUCAUAGCUAACGUAUGCAAGUUUUAUUACUAGUUGCCACUUGGUUUUAGGAUUUCAUUGUAUAUAACUUAAUUCAUAAAAACUGACUGGAGAAUUGUGAAAAAUGUAAAUAAUAAAAUAGUUACUUGUAAAUAUUAGAUUUUAUUAUUAUUACCUACCAAUGAAAUGAUUUUGUGUAGGACGCUUUAAUGCGUCACGUCACGACCUUUAGUAUGAUCUAGUAUUGCAGAAUCUGACUCUAUCAGUAUAAUAGUAUUAAUUAUUUAGCAGAUGGGUUUUAGUAAUAUAAAUAAUCACAAGUAGCCAAUUUUAUUAUAUAGAAUUGCUAGUUUUAUUUUAUGUGGUCAGAUUAUUUUAAUUUUUCGAUAAUUUGAAUACUUCGUCACGCUAAAGGUCGUUUGGUCAAUUGUAUAGUGUAUAUAUAAUUUUAUAAAAUAAAUUAUGAUCCUUAUUGGAUUUUUUA